AUGAUAAACUUACUAAAUGCUAAUUAUCAUAUGGCAUUCUUAUCAGUUACAGAAGCAAUGGAAGAAUCGAUUGAUAAGGAGGGAAUUAAUGAAAAAGUGCUUACAGAAAUAAAACCUAUAGAAGCUAUAUCGAGUUCUGAACUUGAAGAUGUUCGAGCUUUUAUAAUUAAACAGCGAAAGAAGAAAGAAGCAGCUGAAGCACGACGUAAGCGCUCAAUUGCAAAAGCAAGUAAUACUAUCUCUAAGCCUGCAUCAACAAAAAAGCUACAAGGAAGAGCCGUUCCUUUUGAUGCGGGGAUUAAGAAUAUUGAGACUGAAGCAAUGAUGGACUAUGACGAUGAAGAGGAUGAUUCUGACAAUCCAGACCCCAAUGAAAUCGUUGAUUUAGGCGAUAAUGAGGAAGAGUACAAGAAAAUGAAAUCUGAGCGUUAGUAAACAUUAACUUAAUAAAUAAAGAAAUUUCAGGC